AGGUGAGGGACUUGUCAAAUACGAUCCCCAGAUAUUUGACUUUGUCGCUCCACUGGAUAUCUUCGUCGACACUCAAUUCACUGGCACGUUAGACUAUUUGAAGCAUUGCCAGCUGUUGAGGCAAAUUAUAGAAUUUCAGAAUUUAUAGGUGGCUUUUAUUCAAUAUUAGAUGUGUUAUUGUACUAAAAAAUAGCAGAUCGCAGAUGGAUCGCCGAUUUGAGUGCCUAUAAAACAUGAUUUUUGCGAUAUAUUGUCCCUUAAUUUAGUUUCUAAUAAAAGCGUGUUAAAACAUCAAUAUACAAUUCAUGCGAUUUUUAACGACAGGCAACAUCGGAAUGUGUUAAAAUGUUUAUAACCUCAAAACCAAACCCAAACAACUUUCGUCUAAAAAGGAAAUAAGCAAUAACUUUUAAUUUUUUUUAAUUUUUGGACUGAUUUUUGACUCUAGUUUGUGAAAAGCUUUUUAGACAUAUAAAGUCAAGAUAAGGCAGAUCAUGUCAUUGAUAUAUAAUAAUGAAGAUGAUCAAAUAAUAAUUGAUGAAGCCUUGGAUGAAGCAGAGACUGCUUCACCUACCCAAGCAAAUGAUAAUACAUCACCAGACAAACCAGAAAAGAUGAUUCUUCCAGUCAUUUCUAGUGUUUAUUCAGAAAAUCCAGCAGAACAACAUACUGACAAUAGAAAAGAAGCAUUUGGAUGCAACAAUGUAGCUACAGAUGGCUGUCAACAGGACAAUGAUUCCCAUUAUUCAGAUAGCGAUGUUGAACUAGUUUCUGUGGAUUACACAAAUGACACAUUAUCUGAUUCAUCUCAGAAUAACGAGAUCUCCAAUAUAGCACAGCCUAUUAAGAAAGUGAGGAGAAAGAAAAGAAGUACCCAGAAGACAGAGAAGGCACCAAAGGCACCGAAGCAAAACCCUUGUCAAGACAAAACAUGUAGGAAUGAAUGUAACUCUUUUACAGAGGAUGAGAGGCAGGUUAUGUUUGAGGAAUUUAAGUCAUUAAAUGAAGGAGAAAAGAGGGCGUAUAUUCAGAAAUGGGUAAAUGUAAAGCUGCCUAACCAUUCAUUAGUUAAUGGCAAUAUUAUACCAGGCAAAAUGUUAAGAGAAUAUUACCUCUUGAAGCAAGAUCAGGCCAUACCUAUUAAGGUGUGUUGCCAGUUUUUUUGUGCUACAUUAGGAGUCAGCCCUGGGACACUACGCAAAGCUUUACAAGGAGUAUUUAAUGACGUAAACAGAAGCAUGGAUGUUACUGAAGAAAAUAUAGCCUUGGGCAACAAGACUAUUCGGAUCAAUGUAAUAGAUUUGAUUAAGCAAAUACAAAGGAAAGAAGAGAUAUGGAAUCCAGAUAUGCCAAUUGAAGAUAGGCUAGGUGUUGAUGAAUCAUGGAAUGAAAUCUGCAUUGCCUUAGUUGAAGACUAUUCAAAGCAUUUUUUCCAGGAACAGGAGUAUUUGAAAAAGAGGAUAGUGGCCAAAUGGUGUGAUAUAAAAAGCACAUAUUUCCAAUAUAGUAUGAGGAAAAGGUUCAUUGCGAGAAUCAAUCCAGGUGCAACACCACCUUUUAUGGCAUACUCGCACCUUUUAUCAUUUCUAGACCAAACUAAAGAUUUUUGCUUAGGCGCCAGUACUGAAGAUUGUAGCUCAGAUAAACCUGACGGCUUUGCCUCAGUAUUCAUAGUGGGAAACAAUAUUGAAACUGAACCUCCUGAAGCCCCUGAGCUUGAAGUGUGUUUCGCAAUAGGAGAUGAUGCUCAACUUGCUAAAAAGCGAAGACUUGAAACUGAAAGUAAUUCAUAUGGUGUUUUGUCAGAGCAUCACACUGUGCAGAUGAGUACUUCUUCAGAUGAAUUGACAGUUAAUAGAGUAGGGGUGUUGAAUGAAACCCAAGAAACAGUAAAGGUUAUCAGUACCAGUAUUAAUAGUGGUGUAGUUGAAAAUGAAGAAAGUGACCUUAUCUUUUUCAAAUCUCUAUUACCGAUUAUAAAAACUUUGAAUCAUCAGCAGAAGUUGCAGUUUCGUUUAAACGUAAUCACAACCUUGCAAAACUUAACCCAGACAGGGCAAGUCAGUGCUUCUCCUAGCUCCCAACAAAACGAGUUUCGGCAAACUGAAGCUUCACCAGUAGCACCUCAAAAUCCUGCUGUUACCUCAACUUCAAUAAUCGCCAGUAAAUUAUCUACAUCAAACGUUUCUGAAAAUCCCAGUAUAACUGAAACUGGAAGUCAGGAUUAUUCAGUUCUUAUAACGUCAUCAGAUGAAUCUGACGGCUGAUAGUUUAUAUAGUUUUAUAAAUAAAAUGUUUCAAAACAUUAAAUAUA